AGCUUAAGAAACACAUGGGAUGGUUUCCGGUAUGGCGUCGACAUGUGUAGCAGCAUAGAAAGAGCAUUCCCAUACACACUGGAUAAAGUGUCCAAACACAGAGAAAAACUCCUGCUGAAGCGACUGAUCUCCACACUGUUAUAAAGAUGGCGUUUAUUAAAGAGGAGAGUGAAGAUGUGAAGAUUGAAGAAACAUUCAGUCAAACAGGAAGAUCUGCAGGAACAAACAGACCUAAAUAAAGACUAUGAGGAGAGUAAAGAAGAGAAACAGCAUGUCAAAAUUGAGGACAAAGCUCAUUUAGAGACUGAUGGUAUUUUAAAAGUGAGAGACAAGAGAUGUUUUACCUGCACUCAGUGUGGAAAGAGUUUGGCAAGCAAUAGCAAACUUAAGAUUCACAUGAUGAUCCACACUGGAGAGAAACCAUUCACAUGCACUCAGUGUGGGAAGAGUUUCAGCCAAUCAUCAUACCUUAAUAAACACAUGAGGAUCCACAGUGGAGAGAAACCUUUCACAUGCCCUCAGUGUGGGAAGACUUUCAGCCAAUCAUCACAUCUUAAUCUACACGUGAGGAUCCACACUGGAGAGAAACCUUACACAUGCACUCAGUGUGGGAAGAGUUUUAGCCAAUCUUCAUACCUUAAUCAACACAUGAGGAUCCACACUGGAGAGAGGCCAUUCACAUGCACUCAAUGUGGGAAGAGUUUCAGCCAUCCAUCAUCCCUUAAUCAACACAUGAGGAUCCACACUGGAGAGAGGCCAUUCACAUGCACUCAAUGUGGGAAGAGUUUCAGCCAUCCAUCAUCCCUUAAUCAACACAUGAGGAUCCACACUGGAGAGAGGCCAUUCACAUGCACUCAAUGUGGGAAGAGUUUCAGCCAUCCAUCAUCCCUUAAUCAACACAUGAGGAUUCACACCGGAGUAAAACCAUUCACAUGCACUCAGUGUGGGAAGAGUUUCAGCCAAUCACCUCACCUUAAUAAACACAUGAAGAUCCACACUGGUGUGAGAGAGAGUAUAUGCGCUUGGAGUGUGAGAAGACUUUUAUUACAGCUGCAGAAUUGAAACGGCACCAGAGGAUUCACACUGGAGAAAAACCAUAUAAGAGUUCACACUCCAGUAAGAGAUUUACUCACUCAGGAACCCUCAAAACACAUGAGAGGAUUCACACUGGAGAAACCGUAGACAUGAUCAGUGUGUACAUAGUUUCACUCAUUCGGGCAGCUUAAGAAACACAUGGGAUGGUUUCCGGUAUGGCGUCGACAUGUGUAGCAGCAUAGAAAGAGCAUUCCCAUACACACUGGUAUUAAUCCUUCUUUUUACAUCAUAUAUGAUAACCUAAACCAUAUUUAAAUAACAUUGAGGGGGACAAAAACAAAAAG